AAUUUUUGGAUUAUUGUAUGUUUCUCAAACCACAUUAUUCACCUUAAAUUGAGAAUUAAGACAUUCGUAUCCAUAGUUACCGAGACAUAAAGAGGUAUAUAUUUAAACCACUUUAUUUAUUUUCUCUGUCGACAAUUCGUAUACAGUAAAACCCCUAUUUACCGCGACGGGCGACCGUUUCCAUUCCCCAAAUAGGGCUAGUAACAUGCAUAAUGUAAACGAACAAAACCCUGUUUUACCGCGGACCCCUAUUUACCGCAAAUGUAGCCCUUCUCCAAACUCUACAGUAAAUCGGGGUUUUACUGUAUUUACAACAUUUAAAGUUUGCAACGUUUUGUGUAUAAAACAAUUAUGAUCAAUCAUCAUUAAAAUCAGGUAUGGGCACAUUUGAGAAACUAAAUGGACAAGAUGAGCAGCAGACUCUAGGAAUGGGAUUGACGACCUGGAACAAACCUGAUGCUGGUGAUGAAAAAACAAGCGAGAAAGAACCACAAAGCGAAACAGAAAAAAAGGAGUAUCUAACGAUCGACCAGGUUGUAGACAAAAUGUACAACGGUCUCAACCUAAAGCUGGUCCUUCUUUUUAUCGUCGCCGCAUCCCCCACAUCCCAGACUGCAGCUCAAGUUUACAUGACCAUCUUCACAGGCUUCAUUCCUUACUCGGAGUGGACUUGUGUCUCGGAGAAAUGCUUAAAUCUCCUCGCUGAAAGUAACUACUCCCAAGCUUUCUACUCUGCAAAACCCAUGUGCACAAACCAGUUGGUGGCUGGGACAGACUUCAACUGGACAAGUGAAAGAACGAGCUUUUCUAUGGACUGGGGGAUCUACUGUGAGUCAGAGAGCAAGCUCUCAGUGGUGUCCAGCUUCUUCUUUAUUGGAGCUUUCAUUGGGCUAGUUUCCUCCACAGCGGUCUUUGACAGAUUUGGAAGAAAGAAUGGUGCAAUAGCAGGCAAUAUGAUCGCAGCAGCAGCCACUAUCGCAGCCCCUUGGUUUCCUCACUACGAAGUGAUGUUAGCUGUUAGGAUUCUCCAGGGACUCGGCAUGUUCAUCAACCUGACCGGAGUGUACUGUUGGGUAGUUGAAUUCUCCCCAAGUCAUCUUCGAAGCACUGUCAGUCCUCUCAUCUUGGUGACAUGGUGUUUUGGAUAUCUGGUUAUAAUAGUGAUAGGGUACCUCAUCCCGUACUGGAAGUACAUAUUUGUGACAACUGGUGCUCUCAACGUUCUUCUCAUCAUACCUCUUCUGGUAUUACCCAUCUCCCCCAGAUUUGCUCUGGUCAGAGGACGAGAAGAGGAAGCCAAAAAGAUUCUAGAGGCUUUCUCUCGUUUGUGUAACAACGAAAUUUGCAUGGAUAAGAUUCAUCUAGACUACACGACCAGGGUGCAGAACUACUUCGAGCAGAUAAAAGAUUUCAAAAAGUAUCCAACUUUUCGAAAGCAAACCCUCUUGUGUGUGCUGUCUUGGUUCAUCGUCGCAACACUUUUCUACGGCUUUGACUUCGGCUGGGGAAAGGUGUCCACAAACCUUUACUCGAGUUACCUCUUUGCAGCUCUAGGGAAAGUCCUCGCCAUCACUGUAACCAUUCCCGCUUGCAACUGGAUGGGAAGAAAACAUUCCAUCAUCCUGUUCCUCGUCUGUGCCAUUCUCUUAUUCUUCCUUGCCAUGCCAGAUGUGCUGAUAGUUAAAGGAUGGACCCUGGAGUUCGGAGCCUGCUUAUUAGGAAGCAUGGCAAUAUCCGCAGCUUACGCAAUCAACUACCUCUACACAAGCGAGCUAGCUCCCACAUCCCACCGGGGAAUGAUAAUGUCCCUGUGCUCCAGCGCAGCUAGAGUCGGCAGCUUCCUGGGUAUCUACACUAGUCUCCUCUACGAUAUAACUGACAGGAGGGUCCCUCUCGUACUGUUCGCGGGCCUCAGCACUAUAUAUGUAACUGCUGUGCUCUUCCUCUCGGACACAACCGGCAAAAGAAUCCCUGAAACUCCUUACGAUGUGGAGGUGAUGGCUGGGAACCAGAAAUAUCAGCCAGUCGAAAAUGGAGUGGACAAAAUGAAACUGGAGUCAGCUUGAGAAGUUGUUGGAGUUAUGAGUAUUGCCAGGUUUAUACGAACAAUCUUGAUGAUAAUUGAAUAAUCAGCCCUUAGAGAACACAAAGACAAAGGAUGUUAUGCGUUGUACAUGAAAAGUGUGAAAUUUGAAUAAAUAUUGAGGGAAGAAUUGUAUUUUUGUAAAACUUUGAAUUACAUUAUAACUAAUUGUUUUCAAUUUUUUCUCCACGCUGGUCAACGAAGUAAGCACGAAUUAAACAAACAAAAAGCAAACAACAGCGCAGAAGUUGAUCAUGAAAAAAUCCAAGUGUGCAAAUCUGAUAAAAAGGUGAGCCAUUCUAUUGAAUAUCCCAAAUUUAAUGUAUUCAGCCUCACGCUCACCAUGCGUGAUCGCCCCUAAAUGCCACCAAUGCCAGCCAUAAUUGCUCGUUUAGAUCACAUUAAUGUCAAUUUAAUAAAUCAAUAAAAAUUGUCGGUGGUGUAGUGGUGGUGUGCUUUAGAUUUCAAUCGUAAGGUUGCGAAGGUUUGAACCCUAGCUCCGCCAUGAACCAAAAUCCAUGAGGUGAGGUACUGGCCUCCAUUGUGUCUUUGCCGAAUGAUCGGGAAAAUUAGUUGGAAUGGUACUCAUCAAUCGUCCUCAGCUUCCUGUAAUCUACUCGAUACUAAGUUGCCAUGUGGGUAUCCAACAUUCCAAAGUAUGAUGUCUAAAAUCCUGAUAAUCCUGAUAACCAG